AUGUCCUGCAUGCAAAUCAAAGCAACCUUUUCAAAGCUCAGCAGUAAAUAUGCUGAAACCUUCCGAAUGAAGCCAAAAACACCUAAAACUUUAUCUAUUAGCGCACCCUUCAACUUCCAAGAAGGCCCUGCAGUGAAUCUCCCCGGCUAUUCCGAGGAUGAAAUAUCACUCAUGAAGGAGAAAGCCAUUGCAUCGACGGCCGUCGCCUCGGAUAACCACCACGGGAAUCUCAAUCGAUGCUACGAUUCGGAUAUAUCUGAAUCACAUUCUAAGACGGGGUCUCAUGGGUGUGGGAUUGGAAGGAGUGUAGCUUACCAUGCGAGAAGGGCUAGUAGGGGAUGUAUGCAUGGUAAUUGA